UUUGACGUUUAAGGCACGCAAAGCUUUCAAUAUUAAAAUACGUUUUAUAUGUAAAUAUGCCGGUUUUUAGGUGUUAUGAGGGAUUAAAAAUGUUAUUCUAGUUAUAAAUAACUUACUAGUUGAACAUUAUCAUGACUGCAGCUACUGUAAAUGGUGUAAACGAGCUUCAACGAAACCCCUUAAAGUUGUAUAUACAAGACAUCUUUCGGGCCUCAAGAACUGAGCAAAACAAGUAUAUAUACGAAAUUUUCGGCUUAAAAUUCAAGAAUGUGAUGCUACAUGGAGUUGUGACUGCUGUUUAUAACACUAACGCUUCAAAAACGGCCACGAACUUCGAUUUAACUGAUCCGACAGGCUGCGUUUCAGUUUAUUACGAUAGUACGAAGAAUAAUUUGAAUAUACCUUUGCCGUCAUAUAAAAAGUUGAUACAAGACUUCGCAGAUGCUUCGAGAAGGGGAGAUGACAACACUAUGGUUAUGGGUAGAUUAUUAAAUAGCAUAGAGCAGAAAAAAACUAGUCCAUUAUUUUUUUCAACAGGAGACUACAUAAGUGUUGUUGGUGAUAUUUUUGUUGAAGAUUUGAAGAACACUAGAAUGAUUUCAGCGUAUGAAUGUAGGUUAACUUCCAUGGAGCGGGAUCUAGUGUGGUUAGAAGAACUUAGGUAUUUGUAUGAGAAGUUUUAUUUGUGGAAAAUUGAAUAAAAGUAUAUGUAUGAA